ACCAUUUUAAAUUAACCCUUAAUAAGGCAAAGGAAAAUAAUUUCCCACUUAGUAAUGCGUUCAAAAACAUUUAUUUUUACGUAACAGCUGGACCACAGACUGAAUGAAAUCAUAAGGUACGCUUUUAUGGUAAAUUUUAAAUUUCUUAAAACUGGCAACACACACCUAUAAUGUCACCUUGCACUGAUAUGUCAAUUUCAAAGUGAAGUAACGAGGUUAUUGUGAGUGAAAAGUUGAAAUUAUCGGACGUUAGAAAGAAAAAAACAAUUUUUCUUUUACAAAAAUUCCUGUAAGUAGAAUAUGCUUUCUGUAUCAUAUAAAACAACUGUUUAGUGUUACUGUAUAUUGUUUUUAUUUGUCUUAGAGUGAUAUUUCUCUGCGAAAUGUUCAAAUAAAUAAGUGGGAAAAUAAUUCCCAUUGCCCGAUUGCAGUAUUAUGGAUUACGCAUACGGCAUAUAUAUAUAGAAAUAAAUUUAACUUCUUUUUCUGUCCUUUUCUUGAUACUCUUUGUGUCCAUUCCUCUUCAGAACCCAUGUCACUUACAGGUUUUCUUUUGUUUGUAGUGUUCGUCAGCAAUGAAUAAGAAAAAAAAUAAAAUUCUUAGUGAUCGGGAGGUGGAAGAAAUCGUCAACAACCUUUCCGAUUUAUCCGAUCUUGAUUCCGACGAUGAUGUUUAUUAUCAGACAGCACCUGUGACCAGCCCGGCAGAUUACUGCAAUUUGCCUGAAGAUAUUAUUAUUGAAAGGCGUCUUGAAGAGCUUUUCGGUGUUCGAGAAAUAUCGGAAGAAAAUAUAGAUAUUGUAGACCGAGAACUAUAUUCAGUUAGUUGUCUAAAAGAUAUUUUAGAAGAAAAUUGUCCUGACAGUAGUGUGGGUGACACAGCAGGACAAUUAUCUGGUGAUCAACUAACAAAAGCAACAGAUGAACAUAUGCAAGAAGAAAGGGGACAGGAUCUUACUGAAAGAGAAAUUGAAAUACAGCAAUGUUUUGAGGAGAUUUAUGAAGACAAUCAUCCAAUUCAGGCAGAUGACACAAAUGCUGGACCGUUAAACAUAAAUUAUUAUGAAACUGAAAAUCAAACAUUGCAAUGUCAAAGAAUUGUCAAUGUAUCCAGAACAAGACAACCACGAGAGUGGAAAAUUGAAAAGGAAAUACAUAGUGUUCCAGAGUUUAUUAAUCCCAUUCGUCCACAAUCAACAUAUAAUCACAAAACUCAGCCAAUUUAUGUUUUUGAAAAGUUUUUCCCGGAGUAUCUAGUACAAGUUAUAGUAGAACAAAGUAAUAUAUACGCAGCACAGAAAAAGAGUAACAAUUUUACACCUAUAUCAGCAGAGGAAUUGAAAGCAUACUUUGGAAUAUUGAUUAUGAUGGGUCUCAACCCUUUGCCUGAUAUGGACUUGUACUGGUCAAAUGACCCUUUUUACAACAAUCCAGAAAUAUCAAAAAUUAUGCCCAUUAAAAGAUUUAAAAAAAUUACGGAGAACCUACAUAUUAAUAACAAUGAAAAUGAACCAGAUAGAAGCUCACCAGAUUAUGACAAAUUGUUUAAAUUAAGACCUAUGAUAACAGAACUAAAUAAAGUGUAUCAGGAAGAAACAGCAAAUUCGAGUCAUCAGUCAAUCGACGAAUGCAUGGUCAAAUUUAAAGGGCGAUCCAGUCUAAAACAAUAUAUGCCGAAAAAACCAAUCAAACGUGGAUUUAAAGUAUGGGCACGUUGUGACGCCAAAACUGGCUAUUUAUACACAUUCCAAGUAUAUACUGGGAAGGGAGACAACAUGGAAGACGAAGGACUUGGAUACAAUGUGGUAAUGAAACUUGCUACUGACCUUCCUGAAAACACACUGCUAGCAUUUGACAAUUUUUUUACUGGCUGCAACCUUAUGGAAGACUUGUACAAAAAGAAAAUUUUUGCUGUUGGCACUGUACGAGCGAAUCGGAAAGAUCUUCCAAAUAUAAUGAAAAAAUCACAGCCAAAACAUCUUAGGCUACAAAAAAAUCAGUUUGCAGCUGUAACUGCUAAACCUAUUACAGCCAUUAAAUGGCUUGAUACUAGAGAUGUUAACGUUCUUACAACUGCCCACCAUCCAACUGACACAGUAUUAGUAAAACGAACUCAGAAAGAUGGAACAAAGAAGGAAAUCCUUUGCCCCAAAGCUAUCGCUUGUUACACGCUCACUAUGGGCGGAGUUGAUCGUUUUGAUCAUUUCCGAUCAUCGUAUCCGAUCAACCGCAAAUGUAGAAAGUUCUGGAUGCGAUUGUUCUUUUUUAUGUUUGAUGCUUCAAUAAUCAACAGCUACAUCACUUACAGCACUACACACGUUGUGAAUACGCAUUCUCAUAGAGAGUUUAGAUUGCGAUUAGCUCGAGGGUUGGUUUCAAACUUUACAAGUAAAAAAAAUCGGCAGGUUGUUUUCAAAAACAAGAAGGGCUCUAACUUCGGCGUACCAGAUGAAAUUCGCCUCCUCAACGUUGGGAUUCACCUCCCUGAAGAAGGAAAUACCUACAAACGAUGUCGUUUUUGCAGCACCAAGAAGGAAGAAAAGAGAACAAAAAUAUUAUGUACAUUUUGCCAAGUUGCACUAUGUGCAAAAAAAUGUUUUAAGUCUUUUCAUGAGGCUUCUCCUCAGGAAUAAUUUUAUUUGUACUUUAUUCAUGAAUUUUAUUUAAUUUCCUUUAUUUCGUUUAAUUCAGUGAUUACAGUCUUUUCGUGUUUAAUUUAUCUCAUCUCUAUAUCAAAUUUCAUUCCCAUUCAAUUUAAGCCCUAUUCAAUUUCAAAUCUACCCGCAGGUUGGGAAAUUCCCAACAAAUUGGCCACCCUGCACGGUUGUGUCAAACAUUUCGCUUCACGCAAGUUUUUUUAUCGAAAAUUUACGUUUCUAACCUAAAAAUAUACGUAUAUUCGUAUUUUUAGUUAAAAAACCGCGCGUCCGACAAAAAAAUUGUUUCGGAGACAUCAAAUACCCUUUAAGACGCCCGGCCCGUGUAAACUCAUCUUUAAUCUAUCAGGGCGGCACAUUUCAAUAGCCAACCCUUUGCAUUUAUAAUAUUAUGUACGAGUAGUAGGAAUACCUUUAAUUUUUUUUUGCAAUAAUAAAUAUCGGAAGCAAAGUCAGCAGCCAGCGCUAUAUUUGAAUAGUAAUAAAAACUAUUAUAAAAACAAAUAACCUUAACAGGCAAAGGGAAUUAUAUUCCCACUUUCUUACACUUAUGACAAGCAUAAUCGGGCAAAGGGAAUCAUUUUCCCACUGCAAAAAAAGGUAUUUCCCCCCUCUCCCACUACUUUUAAAUGUAUUUUUUGGAUUCUCCAGCAUUAAAUUACCCUAAACACGCUUCUAA